ACUUCCAGUUAAAAAUAACAUCAAACUCUGUAAAGACUCGUUUAUCAUAUUGAAAAUGUCGGCAGGAUUGCUCUGGGUUUGUGUUCCUACACUGGCAGUCCUGUUGAUAUUAUACGGUUUGACAGACGUGUCUCAACCUGAUGUCGACAGUGCUACCAACAUACAUGGUCCCAGAGCAGUACCAACAUUGCAGCUCGUGAUUGUUUUCACGCGCCAUGGCAGCAGAGGUCCUGUAUUUGCUUAUCCGACAAGCCCAUAUCAGGCCUUGAAUACCACUUACUGGCCUAAUGGAUGGAUGGAACUCACAGAAAAAGGUCACAUGCAACUUUACUUGCUUGGAAAGAAGUUCCGCUCCUUGUACGAUGGAUUCCUGGGAGAGGUAUACCGCCAGGAGGAUUUCCGAGCCAACAGCACGUUGUAUCAGCGAAGCUUGAUGAGCGCGAGUCAGUUCCUGGCAGGGCUAUUUCCUGCCCGUGGCUCCCAGAUGAGAAAUGGAUAUCUACCCUGGCAACCUGUGCCUAUAUACCCUGUCUAUGUGGAUCGUCAUGAGAUUGCAUACGUCAAGAAUAGUUACAGAUGUCCGAAGCUCCAAGCAGUUUGGAAGACGGCUGUAAGAAGAUUCCUACAUGAUUAUCAGCGUAAUAUUACCGAUUUACUUGAAUUCGUUAAACCUUACACCGGGAUUGAUUUCGCACUUAACAGCACUGAGUCAGUUUGGGUGGCAAUGUACAUGAUGUGGGAGUCUAUUUACACAGUGGUCGAAGAAGGACUUCCUCUCCCCGCUUGGACGGACAAAAUCUACCCACAACCCAUAACUUUCUUGGCCGAACAAAAUCUGAGAGCGGCUUCGGUGGGCUCGGACACACAGAUUAGAUAUUUGGAGGGUGAAUAUUUUAAGGAAGUUGUUAGCUUGAUGAAGGCGAAAGUCGGGGGCACCCUACGUCCUGACAGAAGGAUGUUUCACUUCUCUGCGCAUGAUUUCACCCUUCUGGGACUGCAAGGUAUCCUGGGACUGGCGAAGGAUCGAUCUGGCCGUCUAAGCGCCAGGACAGGGUCUGCCUUGAUAUUAGAAAUCCACAAGAACCUACAAACUGAUCAAUUUUACGUUCAGGUAUCGUACAUAGACGGAGCCUCUCCAGACUUGGAACCCCUAGACAUCAACAUCCCCGGCUGUGACUCUCCCUGUGACUUUCAUCUGUUGAUGAACAUCACUGAGAAAUACUACAACAUCACAGACUGGGAUAAGGAGUGUAAAAUUAUAGCCAACUAAUAAAAAGACAUAAAAAUGUUGUUUCAUUAAAUUAGAAUUUCAUGA